AUGCGUUCUUCUUUGGCUUACGGAGCCUUGCUCCAAGCAUCGCUAUACUCUCUCGCCAAGGCUUCGCCAGCACCUACACCUCGUCGCGUCUACCAAGCCGAGCCUCUAGCACCCGAAGUGACUGGAUCGCCAGUCGACCUCUCACCAUCACGCACCGACGAGAGAUUCCGCCGUGACCUCAUCGGCGAUAUCAAGUCGGACAUUGGUUCGGUCCUUGGUGGACUCGGCUCAGACCUUCCAUCUUGGGUCGCUUCAGGCGUCCCCAACUUCUUCCAGGGCUUCCCUACUGGAGAUGCUGUUGUUUCAUCGCUCGGCCUCAAUGAUGCUCAGGUCUCUGCAUUGCCAACUCAGGUCCUCAACCUCGACCCUUACGCCAACUGGACCGAGUCUGGCUGGAACGUGAGAUUCCAUGGAAACGUCUACAAGCAGCCCAACACCUCUACUGCAGACCUCAACCGCCUGGCCAACAUCUUCCUCGUUGAUACUUCUGUUGAAGAUCUUCCCGAAGACCAAGCAGACCGCGCCCGCAAUGUGACUGCCAGCAUCUUUGUCAUUCAGCAAGGAGACGUCGCCGUGGCACCUAUCACUAUCGAACCUGCCGCAAAGCAAGGUUCUUCAGGCGAGCCUGGUGGCGGUGGUGCAGUAACUCCCAGCGGCGGAAACCAGACCGUCACUCUUCCAUACAACACCACCGUUGAGGGCGACUUCGAUGUCUUUGUCCCCAUCAAUGGUAACGGUCUCGCGAAUGGAAACGAGACCGAUCAGGUUCAGCGCCUGAACACUCACGUUCAGGGUGCCUCUAUUGGCAACGCAACCGCAUACCUUGUGCCCACUACCGGCCUUACUGUCGUUAGUGAUAUCGAUGAUAUCCUUCGUGUCACCAAGAUUUACGAGCCCGCCCAAGGCCUGCUCAACUCCUUUGCGAAGGAGUACGUCCCAUGGGAGAACAUGCCUGAUAUCUAUGCCAACUGGAGCAGAAGCCUGCCCAACAUGCACUUCCACUACCUGACAACCACCCCUGAGCAAGUCACCAGAGCUUACAUGAACUUCACCUACAACCACUACCCUGGUGGCUCCUUCGAUACGCGCCCUCUCAACUUCUCGGACGUCUCUGCCACUCUUUCCAUUCGCAAGUUCCUUCUGACCAAGAUCUUCGAGACCUUCCCCGAGAGAAAGUUCAUCCUCGUCGCCGACACUAGCAACAGCGAUGUCAUGAAGGACUACNCCCUUAUGGCAACCACCUACCCGGACCAGGUGCAGUGCAUCUUCCUCCGCAACACCAGUGCUACAGACUCUGGUGACAAGUUUCCUUACGACACCAGCGGUUUCAAGGACUUGAACCAACAAAAGUACAUGUUCUUCUUGAACCCUGAUGACCUUAGCGGUCUCGACAUUGCCAACGGACAGUGCUACAAUCAGUCGAUUGCGCAGAACCUGACCUUUGGUUACCAGGGACUGCCUCUUGGUCUUGGAGACUCUCCCACUGCCGUCAACGCUUCCGCUACCGGCGCUGCCAACAAGACUGGCAAGAGCGGAGCAUCUGCAUUCAAGAGCAAGGAUGUUGUUGGCGCACAGAGCUCUCUGGCUCUGGUCGCAGCACUUGGAGCUGCCAUGUUCAUGUUCCUUUAG